AUGGAUCGUUUGCGUUGGGAUGAACGGCGUACCGAUGUAGUGCUGGAGCAUCUUGUGAAAGAGGGCAUUGCUUGGAUUGAUAAUCAGUCAACAGAUACUGUUCAGUAUUGGAUUCCUAGUUUGUUCUUGCAGCAGUACUGUCAUUCAAGCAGUUCAACAAGUGUUUCCGAUAGUAUCGCUUCUGUUGCUAUCUAUUAA